AGUGCUCUCUCUCUCUCUCUCUCUCUCUCUCUCUGAGACGGAGAUGUCGAACGUCGUGGAUGGAGCGUCGGAAGAUGUAAAGGAAGAGACGGAAACUCCAUCACAGGAAAUGAAGGAGAGAAAAUACUCAUGGGAGAGGUUGCGUAGAUAUGAUUCUUGGGACGUUGAAACAGCUAGAGUGUCUGGUUCUAGAGGCCAUGGUUCCAAGAACUGUGAUUGGACGAUGAUCCUACAACUAGCCUUUCAAAGCAUUGGAAUUGUGUACGGUGAUAUCGGCACAUCUCCUUUAUACGUCUACUCCAGCACCUUCACCAAGGGCAUCAAUCACAACGAUGACAUUUUGGGUGUGUUGUCCUUGAUCUUCUAUACCAUCACCUUGAUCCCCUUGAUCAAGUACGUCUUCAUCGUCCUCCAUGCGAAUGACAAUGGCGACGGUGGGACAUUCGCAUUGUAUUCACUGAUCUGUCGUUACGCAAAGGUCAGUUUGCUUCCAAGCCAGCAAGCUGAAGACACAAACGUUUCCAAUUACCAGCUUGAAUUGCCAAGCAAUCGUCUUCGCCGGGCAUCGAAGCUGAAAUCGACGUUGGAGAAGAGCUCAUUCGCAAAAUAUCUUCUGUUAUUCGUGACCAUGCUUGGAACUUCCAUGGUGAUGGGCGACGGAGUCCUCACUCCAUGCAUCUCAGUCUUGUCUGCUGUGGGUGGGAUAAAGAAAGCUACAAGCGCCAUGACUGAAGGAAGGAUUGUGGGGGUAUCAGUUGGCAUCUUGAUCUGCCUAUUCUUAGCUCAGAGAUUUGGAACUGAUAAGGUGGGCUACACUUUUGCGCCAGUCAUCAUCGUGUGGUUCCUAAUGAUCGGCGGCAUCGGCAUUUUCAACUUCUUCGAAUACGAUCCAUCCGUUGUCAAGGCCAUCAAUCCAAAAUACAUCAUUGACUAUUUCAGGAGAAACAAGAAAGAUGCAUGGAUUUCUCUUGGCGGCGUUGUCCUCGCCAUCACUGGAACUGAGGCGAUGUUUGCCGACGUUGGGCACUUCACAGUCCGUUCUGUACAGAUAAGCAUGUGCUCGGUAACUUUCCCGUCUCUCAUUUUAGCAUAUGCAGGCCAAGCAUCGUAUCUUCGUUUGCACCACAGCCACGUUGGAGAAACAUUCUACAAGUCCAUACCAGAGCGUUUAUAUUGGCCCAUGUUCGGGGUGGCUGUCUUGGCGUCGAUCAUCGCCAGUCAGGCCAUGAUAUCCGGUACCUUCUCCAUCAUCCAACAGUCCCUAUCGCUCGGCUGCUUCCCUCUAGUGAAGAUCAUCCACACAUCCUCCAAGUAUGAGGGCCAAGUCUACAUACCUGAAAUCAACUACCUGCUCAUGUUUGCCUGUGUCGCAGUUACUGCCGGAUUCAAGACCACCGAGAAGAUUGCCAAUGCAUAUGGGAUUGCCGUUGUGUUCGUGAUGACUCUAACAUCUGCAUUGCUAGUGUUGAUAAUGGUGAUGAUAUGGAAGACCCACAUCAUCAUUGUGAUCUUAUACGUCUUGAUCAUCGGCUCCAUCGAACUCUUCUACCUCAGCUCCGUCCUUUCCAAAUUUGAUCAAGGUGGCUACCUCCCACUAGUCUUCGCCGCAUUCCUUGUAUCUGUAAUGUUGAUUUGGAACUAUGUAUACCGAAAAAAGUACAUGUAUGAGCUCGACAACAAGGUCUCGCCAGACAAGAUACGGGAGAUCGCCACUGACCCCAACUUCCGCCGCUUGCCGGGGAUUGCACUCUUCUACUCUGAGCUUGUCCAAGGGAUCCCUCCCAUCUUCAAGCACUAUGUCGCCAACGUCCCCGCGUUGCACUCUGUGCUAGUGUUUGUAUCAGUCAAGUCACUUCCCAUUAGCAAGGUCCCACCUGAUGAGCGGUUCCUAUUCCGCCGCGUGGGCCCAAGUGAGUUGGCAGUGUUCAGGUGCGUGGUGCGGUACGGAUACAAGGACGUGCAGAAUGAGCGUGGGUCGUUAGAACGAGCAUUGGUGGACCGCCUGAAGGAGUUCAUCAGAGAUGAAACAUGGGCUCAGCCAAUGGAAGUGUCCCACCAUGAUGGGGAGAAUGGUGGUGCAACACCAAUGGUGGUGGGCCACCAUGAUGGGGAGAAUGGUGGUGCAACACCAAUGUUGGGCCAUGAUGGUGGAAUUGACGGUGUAGAUGAAGAGGAAGAGAAGAUCAGAUUGGUGGAGUUGGUGGAGAGAGAGAUGAACGAAGGAGUAGUGCAUUUACUAGGAGAGAGUGAGGUGGUAGCGAGAAGAGGAAGUGGUAUUGGGAGGAGGGUUUUGAUAGACUAUGUUUACAAUGGCCUGAGGAGGAAUCUGAGGCAAAGGGAUGAAGUUUUUGAGAUUCCUCACAAGCGUUUGCUGAAGGUGGGAAUGACUUAUGAACUUUAGGAAGAAAAUUUAAAUGAGUGCUUCCCAUGAUCUGGGCCGUUCCUUAAGUGGGUCCCUUCGUUAACGUACGGUGACCUGAAAACUAGGCUAGUUUGCUAAUCAGGUAGGCCACAUGUGCAUUAGUCGAACUUGCAUUGCAUGGUCUGUGGAGUGGAAUAAGUGAAGAAUCUUAUGUUUUAUAUAUACUCUCUCUGUGUGUCUGGAAGAAUCAAAGCUUAUGUAAAAUAGCUGAAACUCAGAAGAUUUGUUAGCUGUGAUGAAAUAUAUGAAAUAUGAGGAUAUGAUGA